GUGGAAAUGGCUGAAGGCAAUCAGUCCACAGUGACUGAGUUUAUCCUCACUGGAUUAACAGAAAAACCAGAGCUACAGCUGCCCCUGUUCCUCCUCUUCCUUGGAAUCUACCUGUUUACAGUGCUGGGGAACCUGGGCAUGAUCAUCUUGAUCCUGCUCAGCCCUCACCUGCACACACCUAUGUAUUUCUUCCUCGCCAGUCUGUCCCUCAUUGACCUCUGUUACUCCACUGUCAUUAUCCCCAAAAUGCUGGUGAACUUUGUGACAGAGAAGAAUAUCAUCUUCUACCCUGAAUGCAUGACACAGCUCUACUGCUUCAUAGCCUUAGUUAUAUCUGAGUGUUACAUGUUGUCUGCAAUGGCAUAUGACCGCUAUGUUGCCAUUUGUAACCCCUUGAGGUAUAAUGUCACCAUGUCAUACCAAGUGUGUUUCUGGAUGAUAGGUGGGGUGUAUUGCAUAGGGUUCAUUGAAGCCACAGUUCAUACUCUUUGCAUGCUACGAGUGCUUUUCUGCAAGGAUAAUGUAGUAAACCACUUCUUCUGUGAUCUUCUUCCAUUGUUGCAACUAGCCUGCUCCAGCACAUUUGUCAAUGAGGUAGUACUUCUGUGCCUCAGCACUUUUAAUUUCUGUGUUCCAACGCUGACAAUCUUGAGCUCUUACAGCUUUAUCAUUGCCAGAAUCAUCCGCAUUAAAUCCAAUGAGAGCAGAUUCAAAGCCUUCAGCACCUGCAGCUCCCACUUCUCUUCUGUGGCUGUUUUCUUUGGUUCUUUGGGAUUCAUGUACUUUCAGCCAUCAACAGCCAGCUCCAAAGAUCAAGGGAAAGUGUCCUCUGUGUUUUACACUACUGUUGUGCCCAUGCUGAAUCCCUUGAUCUACAGCCUGAGGAAUAAAGAUGUCAAACUUGCUCUAAAUAGGUUACUUCAAAAGAAGAUAUUUCAUAUGCAAAAUAUCAUUUUGCUCUAG